AUGUAUUAUUUAAUAUUAUUUUUACCAUUAUUGAGUGCUGUAAUAGCUGGUUUAGGUGGAAGAUUUAUAGGUACUAAAGGAGCUGGUAUUAUUACUACAAUAUGUAUUAUGAUUACUAGUUUAUUUUCAUGAAUUGCUUUUUAUGAAGUAGGUAUUAAUAUGUCACCUGUAUAUAUUCCAUUAUGAAAAUGAAUAAAUGUAGGUACAUAUUUAGAUAUGUCUUUAGGAUUAAUGUAUGACAGUUUAACAGUAACAAUGUUAAUAUUAGUUACUACAGUAUCAUCUUUAGUACAUUUAUAUUCAAUUUCAUAUAUGGAUGGAGAUCCACAUUUACCUAGAUUUAUGUCAUAUUUAUCUUUAUUUACUUUUUCUAUGGUUAUGUUAGUAACAGCUGAUUCAUAUUUAUUAUGUGUUUGAGGUUGGGAAUCUGUAGGAAUUUGUUCAUAUUUAUUAAUUAAUUUUUGAUAUACUCGAAUUCAAGCUAAUAAAUCAGCAAUAAAAGCUAUGGUUAUGAAUCGAGUUGGAGAUAUGACAUUAUUUUUAGGAAUGUUUGCUAUAUUUGUUGUAUUUAAUACUUUAGAUUAUAGUACUAUAUUUUCAUCAACUUAUAAAUUAAGUGAUUAUACUAUCAUUUUUUUUAAUUACGAAAUUCAUGCUUUAACUUUAAUAAGUAUAUUAUUAUUUUUAGGAGCUGUUGGUAAAUCGGCACAAUUAGGAUUACACACAUGAUUACCGGAUGCUAUGGAGGGUCCAACACCGGUAAGUGCUUUAAUUCAUGCCGCUACAAUGGUAACAGCGGGUGUAUUUUUAUUAAUAAGAUCUUCACCAAUAAUAGAAUAUGCACCUAAAGCAUUAGUUAUUAUAACAAUAGUAGGAACAUUAACUGCUUUAUUUGCAGCAAGUAUAGGAUUAGUACAAAAUGAUAUAAAAAAAGUAAUAGCAUACUCAACAUGUAGCCAAUUAGGAUAUAUGGUAUUAGCUUGUGGAUUAAGUAAUUAUAAUGUAGCUUUAUUUCAUUUGUUUACUCACGGAUUUUUUAAAGCUUUAUUAUUUUUAGGAGCUGGUAGUGUAAUACAUGCUAUGGGUGAUGAACAAGAUAUGAGAAAAUUAGGGGGUUUAAUUAAAAGAAUACCAUAUACAUAUUCUAUGAUGUUAAUAGGUUCUUUAUCAUUAAUGGGAUUCCCAUUUUUAGCAGGAUUUUAUUCAAAAGAUGCUAUUUUAGAAUUAGCUUAUGGAAAAUAUACAAUAGAUGGAACAUUUGCUCAUUUAUUAGGAACAUUAGCAGCUGGUAUGACAGCCUAUUAUUCAAUACGAUUAAUUUAUAUGACAUUUUUAAGUGAUACUAAUGGUUCACAAAUGAACUAUAAAAAUAGUCAUGAAAGUCCAUGACAAAUGACUUUACCAUUAUUCAUAUUAAGUAUUGGAAGUAUAUUUUUCGGAUAUAUAUUUAAAGAUGCUAUUAUAGGUAUAGGUUCACCUUUUUUAGGUAAUGCUAUAUUUAUUAAACCUAAUUUAAAUGGUGGUGAUGUAUUUAUUGAUGCUGAACAUAUUGAUAUAUUUACAAAAUGAAUACCAGUUAUAAUUAGUAUUAGUGGUGCUUUAUUAAGUUUAAUUAUUUAUCAUUUUAAUUUUGUAUAUAAUAUAUUAGUAAAUAUAUUCAUAACUGAUAAUUUUAUUAAUAAUUUUAUACGAAAAGUAUAUACUUUUUUAAAUAAUAAAUGACAUAUCGAUCAAAUUUAUAAUAAUUUUAUAGCAAGACCUUUAUUAAAUUUUGGUCAUAAUACAACUUAUAAAACAUUCGAUAGAGGAUGAAUAGAAAUAUUCGGACCAUUUGGUAUUUCAAAAUCUAUUUCUUAUAUCACUAAAAAUUUUAGUGCUUUACAAUCAGGAUUUAUUUAUAAUUAUGCUUUCACUAUAUUUUUAUCAGUGACUCUUUAUAUCACAUUUAUUAAUAGUAAUAUAGAUUUAUCUUUAAGUACAUAUUUCAUAAAUUAUUUAAAUUUAUUAUUAACUUUAAUUUUAAUUAGAUUUGUUUUUACUUUUUUACCAGUAAAUAAAUCAAUCUAA